GAAAAAAGAAAAAAAUAGUUACAAGAUGGCGACCAACAACUGCCCGAACACUGGAAAACAAUAGAGACAGCGCAGUGGGGCAGAGUUUACUCCUCUACCGCUCGCUUUCUCGUCCUCUCGUCGAGCUAACCCGGCGGACAGCAGUCGGCUGUGUGUACUUCAAGACUUUUAAAGCGCAUUGGGAAGAAAAGAGAGAGAAAAGCAUCUGUUCUCAUUGUCCCCUGGAAUGAUGCUGGAUCAGGUGGUGCUGUUAGCAGCGGUCACAGUGCUGGGAUUGCUGGAACAAGCAUACUUCUCUCUGAAGGUGAUCUACGCGCGGAGAAAGUACUCGGUUUCGCCGCCCGCCAUUACCGGACCGCCGGAGUUCGAGCGGAUCUUUCGAGCCCAAGCGAACUGUUCGGAGUAUUUCCCCAUUUUCGUCUUCUCACUUUGGCUGGCUGGAGUUUUCUUCAGUCAAGCACUGGCAGUGUUCUUCGGGAUCCUGUAUCUUUACGGCCGGUAUCUGUACUUCCACGGCUAUGCGGAGUCCUCUCAGGGCAGGCUGGAGCCGCUGUACUUCAGUGCUAAGAUGCAGUGGGUUCUGAUCGCUCUGUCCGGGCUGGGCGUCAUCUGCACCAUCACACAGGCCUAUCUGGGGCUGGACCUGCUGCUCUCCUUCACUCAUGUGCUGGGCCUGACCGAACACACAUGAGAAACAAGCAGGAGUUCAGGGUUUCCUUCAGAAGUUGUUCAAUGAUUUACAUGCAGUCAGAAUUAGUUUAUAUAUCAUUACAUUUAUGUAUCAAAUAUAGGAUGUUAAUUAGAGGACAAUCUUUUUGCAUCCUAAAUACAAUUCAACAUUUCUUUCUCUUCUUUUUCUUUUUUUUUGGUAUAAUUUUACAAAAAUUACAAUUUAACCAGAAAUGACGCACAAUAAAAAUAUUCUGAUAUUUUUGAUAAAUAAAAUAUUCUGAUACUUUCUGAUAUUUA